CGCUGCGGCUGCUGACGCCGCUGCUGCUCGCCUGCCUGCUGCCGGCCGUCGGCGGCCUCAGCCACAGCCAGUUCUGGGCGGCGCAGAUUCGGAAGAGGUCCGCUAACCUCGACACGCACCAGGCCAGCACAGAGACGCCGCCGGACCACGUGACCUACCAUGGGUCGGGCCACGGCCUGGAGCCGGACGUGGAUCUCAACGGCACGGGCCUCACCAUAACGGAGGACCACACACAUGGGAGCCUACACCGAGAGCAGAGCAAGGCGCACGACGACAUGUACGAGUACUGCGUGGAACGCGAGCCGCUCGACCACACUCACGGCAUACACGUGGCGUCGUGGCGCUGGGACGAGGUGCGGCCCUACUACGCCAUCACCAUGUUCAUCAUGAUCGCCGGCCUCGCCAAGCUAGCUUUCCAUCACGCUCACUUCCUGUCGUCACGCGUACCAGAGUCAUGUCUUCUGAUCCUGCUCGGCAUCACCAUGGGCUUGCUGACGUACCACUUCAGACACCUGGUGCACGAGGAGCACUUCCCUGACAUCGAGCUGCCGUCCGGCGCCAAAAUCGGUGCUUGCCAGACAGAGCGCAGCGCCUUCCUGCCCAACUUCAACUCGAACCUCUUCUUCCUGGUGCUGCUGCCGCCCAUCAUCCUGGAGGCGGCGUACUCGCUGCACGACCGCACGUUCGCCGACAACCUGGGCACGAUCCUGCUCUACGCGGUGGUGGGCACGCUGUUCAACAUGUUCACCAUCGGACCUCUCCUGUACGGCCUGGCCAAGCUGGGUGCCAUGGGCUCCAGCAUGUUCCCGGCCUACGCCAACUACGACAUCGCCAACAUCAGUUUGGUGCAGAUGCUGACCUUCUCGUCGCUGAUCGUGGCGGUGGAUCCUGUGGCCGUGCUGGCCAUCUUCCAGGAGGUCGGCGUCAACAAGGACCUCUACUUCCUCGUGUUCGGGGAGAGUCUGCUGAACGACGCUGUCACGGUGGUGCUCUACAACGCGAUGGUGGCAUUCGCCGGUCAGGAUGGCGAGGUCAUCACCUACGACCAGCUACUGCUAGCCGUGGCCGCCUUUUUCUGCGUGUCGCUGGGCGGCCUGACCAUCGGCAUCAUCUUCGGCGUGCUCACCGCCAUCAUCACCAAGCACACGUCCGAGCUCCCCGUGGUGGAGCCGCUAUCUCUGCUGGCACUGUCGUACCUGGCCUACCUCUCAGCGGAGCUGGUCCACUUCUCCGGCAUCAUAGCCACUGUCGGCUGUGGAGUGGUGCAAGCACACUAUGCCACCAAGAACAUCUCCAAGAACUCAUACAUUACCAUCAAGUAUUUCGUCAGCAUGGCUAGCUCCACCAGCGACACCAUCAUCUUCAUGUUCCUGGGGAUGGUGCUCAUCAGUGACGACCACCGCUGGCACACGGGCUUCUGCCUCUGGACCCUGGUGCUGUGCCUCGUCUUCCGAUUCAUUGGCGUGUACCUCCUCACAGCGCUGGCGAACCGAAACCGGAUGAACCGCAUCGGUCGGAAGGAGCAGUUCAUCAUGGCGUACGGAGGCCUGCGCGGCGCCGUCGGCUUCUCGCUGGUGGUCAUGCUGGGCGAUGACGUCAUAGACAAGGAGACGGCCCAGGUGUUCGUCACCUGCACACUCUUCAUCGUCCUCUUCACCGUGUUCGUGCAGGGGUCUACCAUCAAAGUUCUCGUCAACAUAUUCCGCAUCAAACUGGACGAGAACGAGGAGAAAACCUUGGCAGAGGAGAUUGUAACGUCUUCGCUUGACCACAUUGCCGAGGGCAUUGAAGAAAUUGUCGGCUUUGGAGGCUUGAAUCGAUUGAAGGAGCGGCUGGAAACGUUUGACGAGAACUACCUGACGCCGUGGCUGGUGCACACGGCACCAAUGUCGGCUCUGGCGCGGCUCUACGACAAGCUGGUGCUGGACGAACACUACGCCAACUUGUACGGCCCGGCCGCCGUGCUGGAGACGCAGAAGGACUACGACACCAACUCCGUAGUGUCCUCGCUGCCUGCGUACCCCUCGCUUGGCCACAGAGACCGAGCGGGCUCUAUUUUGCCGGAGGAUCUGCCUCUGGAGAUCGAGCCCGGCUGGAUGAGGCGCAAGUCCAUGUUGAGCUCGCACAACGUCAACAUCGCCCGCCGGCUGUCGUCUGCCGCCAACCUGCCGCUGCCAGAGGACGAGCUAGUGAGUCACGGGUCACGAACUGGCUGCGUCGGAUCUCGACCGCCUCGCCGGAGCUGCCGAUGGCGCGCCCGUCGCUGA